AUGUCUGUCAUUAAUUCUCUCUCAGAGAAGGAUGAGCUGUUCUCACCUGUGAGCAGCUACAGCUCCCAUGACCUCAGUGGCGGGAACCCCCGGCUCACCGGUCUGGUAGGCUCAGAGCUCCGGCAACAGCAGGAGGAGGAGGCACUGCGGAGGAAGCUCAAGUACUUCUUCAUGAGCCCCUGUGACAAGUACCACGCCAAGGGCCGCAAGCCCUUUAAACUGGUCCUGCAGCUGCUCAAGAUCCUCAUCGUCACUGUACAGGUGGGCCUUUACUGAACUGAAGAGUUGGUAUUCAUGAUGGGGCUUCUCAGUUGAUUUUGAUGAUUGUUUUAACCUUUAAUCCCCUGUCACUCCCUUCUCUAGUUAGUCCUGUUUGGCUUGAGUAACCAGAUGGUGGUGACAUUCAAGGAAGAGAACACAGCAUCCUUCAAACACCUUUUCCUUAAAGACUACCGGGAUGGCUCUUCAAUGGCAAUCCACACACAGAGUGAACUCUAUAGCCAUAUUUAUUAUGCUAUAGAUCAGGUACUAGUAUCUCAGUACGCAACUCUAAACAGAGACAGGCAGAUGAGUGACUUCUCAACCCUCUCAUUUUGCUCUCUGUAAUGCCUUAUGUUAUUGUUGUUUUUAAAUUAUAUUUUGUCUUCAUUGUCUGUCUAUAUUAUGUCUUGCUAUUAGUAUAACUGUAUGUUAUCUAUUACAUUCAUCACCCUUUCUAUUUUAUUUUCCUCAGUACCUGGCUCUACCACAGACAUCAGUGGGGCGGUAUGCAUAUGUGUGGGGUGAGGGUGUGAAUGGGAGCGCCCUCUCUCUAUGCCAGCGGUACUACAAGAGGGGCAUCAUCGACCCCAUCAAAGACACCUUUGACAUCGACCCCCAAGUUAUCACCGGUACCCUGGCCGCAUUUUCCUUUUUUUCUCCUUCUGUUUAUUAAGUUGUCUAUCAAAUUCCCCCUUCAUGUAUUUCACAUCAAAAUCUGUCAGUCUUGGUUUUUUUUAUCCACUGCCAGUUCUCUUUGGCCCGUAAGGAAGUGACUGUUAGUGAGUCAAAGCUCCACAUAUGUCAAGAGUUGCCCUCUAACCGUGCCCUACUUUCAGUGCUGAGAAUAGAUCCUGUCCAUAAAAAGCACUAACCAUAUAAGUGCUAUUUCCACUACCAUCAGCAAAAUAAUAGUUGGAGAGCUGGCCAGAUGGAAGUCUUCUGUUCAAUUCACCUGCUGAUUUCACAAAGAUAGUUCAUUAGCACACAGUUUUAUGUGCUUUGGCAACGGACCAUUGUUUGAAAUGUUAUCAGAAGUGUCAAGGUUGGCAACUUAACAGAAGUAGUUAAAGUAACCUUGUUUUUCAAAAUGUUGAAAUUGUGAAAGUCUAUAUUUUCCAUUGGCUUUGGAAAAAAGUGAAUAACGGAAUACUUGCAAGUGUCAAAUGUACACUGAGUAUACAAAACAUUAAGAAGACCUGAGUUUGAAGACUCAAGAGACAGAUUCCAACAUCUGUAAAAUGUAAUACUUCCUCCCCAAAACAAAUCCUCCUCCAAAUAUGGUAUUUUACAGUUAAUACCUUCAAUGGCACUCACACACACAAAGUCGAAAAAAAUAAAAAGUAAUGAGGAAAUCUUGAUGCAAGAGUGUGUGUGUGUGUGUGUAGAGUAUGACCAUGUGAGUCCAGGUGAAAGCUGUGAUCGCUUAUUGAUGUUACUUGUUAAAUCCACUUCAAUCAGUGUAGAUGAAGGGGAGGAGACAUGGAUUGUGUAUGUGUGCCAUUGAGGGUAAAUGGGCAAGACACAAGAUUUAAGUGUCUUUGAACGGGGUAUGGUAGUAGGUGACAGGCACACCGGUUUGUGUCGAACUGCAACCCCGCUGGGUUUUUCACGCUCAACGGGGGGGGGGGGGGGGGUGCCAACUCGAUAUUAGGAAGGUGUUCCUAAUGUUUGGUGUACUCAGUGUAUAUGGUUCUGGAAAUGAAAAUCGUCUGGGUUUUUGUUCCUCUCUCUCAACUUCCUCUUACUCCAUCCUUCUGUCCUUUUCAGAUUGCGUUGGUGUUGACCCACUACCAAACCCUACUUCUCCUCCUGAUUACAGUGACUACAAGAACUUCACUCUCCAGUUUCACAAGUGAGACACCCACACAAUGGUCUCCCUCGCUCCCUCUCCCCCUUUUAUUAUUGCAUGCAAUUCCUCAUGGGGUUUUGAAUCCCAUUUUUGUAAUUUUGUCAGUCCUUUCUUAUGCUAAUGUCACGAGUCAUUUCAGCAUUGCAUAUCAACAUAGAUAGAACAUUACUAGGUAACAUCACUUCUCUAUUGAGAUUACAUGCAUACAUUCCUCUUACUGGAUCUUGUCUCUCUUCUUCUUCUUGGUCUCCAGGCUGAUCAAUGUGACCAUUCAGUUCCAGCUGAAGGCCAUAAACAUCCAGACCAUCAUCAACAAUGAAAUCCCAGACUGCUACACCUUUGCUAUCAUGGUGAGAUGACCUAUCAAUUUCCCCUGAACAGCCCAGUCUUUCCCCAAUAUGCAUUUAAAUUGUGGUUGCCACUGCAAAAAAGAUUAAAUGAUAAAAACAACAAAUUAAAUACAAAAAUGUGGGAUAGUAAAACGUUUUCAGUGUAAACUUAAGCGACUAAAUACAGAUAUAACAUACAGUGGGGAGAACGAGUAUUUGAUACACUGCCGAUUUUGCAGGUUUUCCUACUUACAAAGCAUGUAGAGGUCUAUAAUUUUUAUCACAGGUACACUUCAACUGUGAGAGACGGAAUCCAGAAAAUCACAUUUGUAUGAUUUAAGUAAUUAAUUUGCAUUUUAUUGCAUGACAUAAGUAUUUGAUACAUCAGAAAAGCAUAACUUAAUAUUUGGUACAGAAACCUUUGUUUGCAAUUACAGAGAUCAUACGUUUCCUGUAGGUCUUGACCAGGUUUGCACACACUGCAGCAGGGAUUUUGGCCCACUCCUCCAUACAGACCUUCUCCAGAUCCUUCAGGUUUCGGGGCUGUCGCUGGGCAAUACGGACUUUCAGCUCCCUCCUAAGAUUUUCUAUUGGGUUCAGGUCUGGAGACUGGCUAGGCCACUCCAGGACCUUGAGAUGCUUCUUACGGAGCCACUCCUUAGUUGCCCUGCCUGUGUGUUUCGGGUCGUUGUCAUGCUGGAAGACCCAGCCACGACCCAUCUUCAAUGCUCUUACUGAGGGAAGGAGGUUGUUGGCCAAGAUCUCGCGAUACAUGGCCCCAUCCAUCCUCCCCUCAAUACGGUGCAGUCGUCCCGUCCCCUUUGCAGAAAAGCAUCCCCAAAGAAUGAUGUUUCCACCUCCAUGUUUCACGGUUGGGAUGGUGUUCUUGGGGUUGUACUCAUCCUUCUUCUUCCUCCAAACACGGCAAGUGGAGUUUAGACCAAAAAGCUCUAUUUUUGUCUCAUCAGACCACAUGACCUUCUCCCAUUCCUCCUCUGGAUCAUCCAGAUGGUCAUUGGCAAACUUCAGACGGGCCUGGACAUGCGCUGGCUUGAGCAGGGGGACCUUGCGUGCGCUGCAGGAUUUUAAUCCAUGACGGCGUAGUGUGUUACUAAUGGUUUUCUUUGAGACUGUGGUCCCAGUUCUCUUCAGGUCAUUGACCAGGUCCUGCCGUGUAGUUCUGGGCUGAUCCCUCACCUUCCUCAUGAUCAUUGAUGACCCACGAGGUGAGAUCUUGCAUGGAGCCCCAGACCGAGGGUGAUUGACCGUCAUCUUGAACUUCUUCCAUUUUCUAAUAAUUGCGCCAACAGUUGUUGCCUUCUCACCAAGCUGCUUGCCUAUUGUCCUGUAGCCCAUCCCAGCCUUGUGCAGGUCUACAAUUUUAUUCCUGAUGUCCUUACACAGCUCUCUGGUCUUGGCCAUUGUGGAGAGGUUGGAGUCUGUUUGAUUGAGUGUGUGGACAGGUGUCUUUUAUACAGGUAACGAGUUCAAACAGGUGCAGUUAAUACAGGUAAUAAGUGGAGAACAGGAGGGCUUCUUAAAGAAAAACUAACAGGUCUGUGAGAGCCGGAGUUCUUACUGGUUGGUAGGUGAUCAAAUACUUAUGUCAUGCAAUAAAAUGCAAAUUAAUUACUUAAAAAUCAUACAAUGUGAUUUUCUGGAUUUUUGUUUUAGAUUCAGUCUCUCACAGUUGAAGUGUACCUAUGAUCAAAAAUUACAGACCUCUACAUGCUUUGUAAGUAGGAAAAGCUGCAAAAUCGGCAGUGUAUCAAAUACUUGUUCUCCCCACUGUAUGUAGAAAAUAUAUAAUGGCGCAAUAUAUUUUAAAAUAAGAUCAUCUUUGAGAACUAACAAACACCAAAAUAAAAGUCAUGGCAUGUGGCCCCCAUUUAUUUUGUUAUAAUUUUUGUGUCACUCAGAUAGCAUAAGAACACGGCAUAAGCCAUGACAAAAUGUGUAGAAUUGCAGGAAAUUAGCUUUAAAACAGGAAAAUUGUCUCAGCGGCCAAGAGGGCCAAUAAAACCGCGCCAUUGGCCAUGCCCACUAGAACGCCACACCCCCUCGCCCAACUUUCCCACCGCUGCUGAAAAAAAUCCUAGGGGAAGCACUGCAGCCCCAUACAGUCCAUUGUAUCUUUAGACAGCUGUUAUAAAGCCAGGAUUUGUGUUGUAGCUACGUUUACAGUGUGUGUAUUGUGGCUGCUGUCAGGUUGUCCUGGAUAACAAGGCUCACAGCGGCAGAGUGAAGAUCAGUCUGCUCAACCAUGCUUCCAUCAAGAAGUGCAAAGACCCCAACGUGUGGGGACAUGGUGAGAGAAGGAGGGAUGGGGGGGGUACUGACGUUUUGAUUGGGAGGUAAAGCUUGAGAUUGAUUCACUUCUUUCCUGCUGUUCCUUACUAGCCGUUUGCCUCUUCCUUCCCUUCACUCCCUGACUUAAUUCAUUCAAACACCCCUCCUCUCUUCUUCCUCCCAUAGCGGAGAACUAUGCACGGGAGGCUUUUGAUGUGCUGGUGGCCAUAGUGUGUCUGCUGUCCCUGCUGCUGUGUGGUCGCUCCAUCCUCAGAGGCGUCAUCCUACAACAUGUAAGACCAAGGCUGAGCCCCAAAAGUCAAAAAUGUUGUUACAUUGUAAUUAUACUGAACAAAAAUAUAAACGCAACAAUUUCAAAGAUUUUACUGAGUUAUAGUUCAUAGAAGGAAAUCAGUCAAUUGAAAUAAAUUCAUUCAUUCAUAGGCCCACCCACUUGGGAGCCAGGCACACCCUCUGGGGAGCCAGGCCCAGCCAGUCGGAAUGAGUAUUUCCCCCACAAAAGGGCUUUAUUACAGACAGAAAUACUUCUCAGCAUCCUGACAUAUUUUCUCUUAUCUUACCACCACUAAUGAGAUGGGUGUGCUUGAUGCAUGUUGAGUCGACAUUCUCAAAGUCAGGGGGCGUGGUCGACAGUGCACACCUCAUCUCUCCUGUUACAUCCAACCUGGAUCGAUAUUUGUUUUUAAUGUAGACGAGAGCACUGAAUCAGCGUACCAUGAGUCCCUUUGAGUCAGGACCCAAAACUCCUCCAUAGCGACCCGUGUAUUCGUUGUCUGCAGCAUUCGAUCACAUGACCGCUCGAUCAGCUGUUUGAUUUCACUUACCGGCAUGUCAACUGAGCCAGGAUCACAGUCAAACGGACUUCGCUGAUUCGGUCACUCAUCUGUAGAUUUUUGGGGGGUAUUUCCCCUGCAUGCUUGCGUCCAGAUUGUUCAGUUUCCCAAAUAUGUAUGUUACAUAGGCAAGGAGACACAUUUUCUAUUCAAUACACAAAUUCAACAAAGUCUGUUUUUUACAUCCAUUGCGAAUGACGACAGUUCCUUUCUCAAUUACAUAUUUUUUUACAACACUCCCCCUCGAUAACCACCAAGCCUUGGUGUAGGAAAUAGAACAUUGUCAUGCUCUGAUCCCAUAUCUCCACAUAGGUUUGCGAACGGGCGUGCGCGAUAUAGUUUACAAUCGAAGUUACCUGCUGCAUAUAUCCGAGUUCUGCGCUCAGCUCUUUUGCCGCCAAUUGCUCUUGGUGUAUCCAUUAUAGCUCAGUGGGUGUAUCAUACAAUGCAUCCAUAUGGCAGAGGGAGACCCAUUCAUAACUAAAGUGCAGAGGCCUGCCCACUGUCCUGCCAUAGAUGGAGCCCCAUCUGUGCAAAAGCCCACCAUUCGAUCCCAUGCGAUCUCUUUUUCGUCAGUAUAGCCAGCACACAUAAGGUGGAGUUUGAGUCAUUCAGUCAGUUUACUCUUGACUGCUAGCUAUAACAUCAAUUCUUAGUUUCACAGUGUUAUCUGACAACGGUAUUGAUGUGUGUUUCUGUGCCUCUGUCGCCCCACAUUUUGUUUUCACCUCAUCAAUUGCGGCUGGUAAUAUCAGUCUCUGCAAUAGUGUGUUGUUUCAUAGCAUAGCGGGCUUAGCCAUUCACCGUGGGAAUGAUUCCAGUGCAACGGUCAAGUGCAGCCUUUUCCCACGACCUAAGGGCGUUCUCUGGUCGAAUUUUAACUUUUAGAUUUGAAUAAUUUUCAUUUAGAUUUUUAAUGUUAACCACAUUACAAUGAUUUUGAGAGACAAAGACGGUAAUAUAUACCGAACCAGUCAAAAGUUUGGCCACACCUACUCAUUCAAGGGUUUCUCUUUAUUUUUACUAUUUUCUACAUUGUAGAAUAAUAGUGAAGAUAUCAAAACUAUGAAAUAACACAUAUGGAAUCAUGUAGUAACCAAAAAAGUGUUAAACAAAGUAGCCACCCUUUGCCUUGAUGACAGCUUUGCACACUCUUGGCAUUCUCUCAACCAGCUUCACCUGGAAUGCUUUUCCAACAGUCUUGUAGGAGUUCCCACAUGCUGAGCACUUGUUGUCUGCUUUUCCUUCACUCUGCGGUCCAACUCAUCCCAAACCAUCUCAAUUGGGUUGAGGUCGGGUGAUCUGAUGCAGCACUCCAUCACUCUCCUUCUUGGUAAAAUAGCCCUUAUACAGCCUGGUGGUGUGUUUUGGGUCAUUGUCCUGUUGAAAAAACAAAUGAUAGUCCCACUAAGCGCAAACCAGCUGGGAUGGCGUAUCGCUGCAGAAUGCUGUGGUAGCCAUGCUGGUAAGUGUGCCUUGAAUUCUAAAUCAAUCACAGACAGUGUCACCAGCGAAGCACCAUCACACCUCCUCCUCCAUGCUUCACGGUUGGAACUACACAUGCGGAAAUCAUACGUUCACCUACUCUGCGUCUCACAAAGACACAGCGGUUGGAACCAAAAAUCUCAAAUUUGAGGACAGAUUUCCACCGGUCUAAUGUCCAUUGCUUGUGUUUCUUGGCCCAAGCAAGUCUCUUUUUUUUAUUGGUGUCCUUUAGUAGUGGUUUCUUUGCAGCAAUUCGACCAUGAAGGCCUGAUUUCACGCAGUCUCCUGUGAACAGUUGAUGUUGAGAUGUGUCUGUUAAUUGAACUCUGUGAAGCGUUUAUUUGGGCUGUAAUCUGAGGUGCAGUUAACUCUAAUGAACUUACCCUCUGCAGCAGAGGUAACUCUGGUUCUUCCUUUCCUGUGGCGGUCCUCAUGAGAGCUAGUUUCAUCAUUGCGCUUGAUGGUUUUUGCGACUGCACUUGAAGAAACGUUCAAAGUUCUUGGAAUUUUCCGUAUUGACUGACCUUCAUUUCUUAAAGUAAUGAUGGACUGUCAUUUCUCUUUGCUGUUCUUGCCAUAAUAUGGACUUGGUCUUUUACCAAAUAGGGCUAUCUUCUGUACCCCCCCCCCCCCCCCCCCCCACCUUGCUCUGGUACCCCAAUGGUGGAACAAGCUCCCUCACGACGCCAGGACAGCGGAGUCACUCACCACCUUCCGGAGACAUUUGAAACCCCACCUCUUUAAGGAAUACCUGGGAUAGGAUAAAGUAAUCCUUCUACCCCCCCCCCUACCCCAACCCCCCCCCCCCCCCCCCCAAAAAAUACAAAAAAAAAUAUUUAAAAAAAAUUGAAAAAUACAUUGUAAAGUGGUUAUCCCACUGGCUAUAAGGUGAAUGCACCAAUUUGUAAGUCGCUCUGGAUAAGAGCAUCUGCUAAAUGACGUAAAUGUUGUCACAACAUAACUGAUUGGCUCAAACGCAUUAAGAAGGAAAUAAAUUCCACAAAUUAACUUUUAACAAGGCACACCUGUUAAUUGAAAUGCAUUCCAGGUGACUACCUCAUGAAGCUGGUUGAGAAUGCCAAAUCUAAAAUAUAUUUUGAUUUGGUUAACACUUAUUUGGUUACUACAUGAUUCCAUAUGUGUUAUUUCAUAGUUUUGAUGUCUUCACUAUUAUUCUACAAUGUAUAAAAUAGUACAAAUAAAGAGAACAUUUUUUAACCAGGAUUUUGGGAAAUUCUCCCGAGACCCCAUUUUCAUAUCAGGCAACCCCACAUAGGGUCGCGACCCCUAGUUUGAGAAUCGCUGGUUUAUUCUGUUAAUUUGUCUGAUCUGUCUCUUUGUGUUUGUCUGACAGGAGUAUGUCCAGUUUUUCAGACACAGGCUGAAUCACAGUGUGUGCUGGGCAGACAGGAUGGAGUUCAUUAACGGCUGGUUCAUCCUGCUCAUCAUCAGUGACCUGCUCACCAUCACCGGCAGCUUCAUCAAGAUUGGCAUAGAGUCCAAGGUAAUACAGAACAAUGCAUUGAUUUUAGUUUUAUAUCUUUCCAGGCCUGCGCCAGUCCCCCCCACCCUUAGCAUUAGACAGAGCAAAUAAUGUAAUUAUUAAUACAAAUAAUUACUUUGACUCUGUCCUUCAGACCAUGUCGUUGUAUGAUGUGUGUGGGAUUCUGCUCGGUACUUCCACUCUGCUGGUGUGGGUGGGAGUCCUCCGCUACCUCAGUUUCUUCCAGAAGUACAACGUGAGUGACGCAUAAUCAGUCACACAAAAAUGCACACAUUGACAUUUAAGCUGAAUGGCUUUCUGAGGAGGUUUUGCAUCACUUCCCACCUCUUUUUCUUUUUCCAUGUGUAAAUUAGUCUUACGUUUUCUCACUCCCUCACUCUCAGAUCCUGAUUGUGACACUGCGGGCUGCCUUCCCUAAUGUAAUCCGCUUCUGCCUCUGUGUAGCUGCCAUAUACCUGGGUUACUGCUUCUGUGGCUGGAUCGUGCUGGGGCCCUACCAUACCAAGGUAUUUGGUCAUGGACAGGACAUACACACAUAUAUAUUUGUGUAUUGUUAAUGAAUAAUACAAAUAUAUCACAAAUAAACGUGUUCUAAUAUACCAAUUCAUCCUCCUCUCUGUCCCCGCAGUUCCGCUCUCUGUCCAUGGUGUCAGAGUGCCUGUUUUCUCUGAUCAACGGGGACGAUAUGUUUGUGACGUUUGCUGAGAUGCAGAAGAGCAGCACGCUGGUGUGGGUGUUCAGCCAGGUCUACCUCUACACCUUCAUCUCCCUCUUCAUCUACAUGGUGCUCUCCCUCUUCAUCGCCCUCAUCACCGGAGCCUACGAUGCCAUCAUGGUACUGUGGAUGGGAGGGGGGAGCGGGAGGGAUAAAGGAUGAGGGGGGUGAUAGAAGGGGAGGAUGAGUGAUGGCGGGUGGAAUGAGUGAAUGGAGAAAUGCAGGAGACAUGAUUUUAGGGACAUUGAAAUAAAAGAUGUGUUGAUAAGUGCCAUAUGGAGAAAAUGGUGCAAUGUACAGAAAGUAGGAUGGAAGAAGAUUCUUUACAGUAGUUUCAUCGAAGCACUCUGUUUGUCUCUCUACAGGCCCAAACCCAGGAGCCGAUGCACAUCACAGACCUGCAUGCAUUCAUAGCAGAGUGUACUGAUACACCUUGCUCUGGAAAGUUCCGUGGCCCAGAGGCAUCCUCCUGUUCAUUCUGCUGCUGCUGUGACUGAUGAGGAGGAGAGAAAAGAGGAGAGCGGGAGUAUGUUCGUGUGUGUGUCAUUCAGGGUUUGAUGUUUUUGUCUUUGAAGUAAUCUCCAUUCCAUUGAUAUAGAUUGGUAAUUUGUCUCUAUAUUUCAGAUCCACCAGUGGGAGGAUAUCUUCCGGGUGAUCUGACCUUGGACUACACUGUCCUCUGUAGGAUGUGGCACGCCAGUGCAUUUAAACUCACAUAGACUGGUACAGUACAACCUACAUGUUACUAACUGCUGUAGAUCGCACAUUAAUAUUUAAAAUGCCAGUUCAUUAGGUUUUUAUAGCUAACAAGUUACAUUCGUAUGGCUAGCACAUUCUGCUAACUAAUUCAUGACUGUAAUACAGCAAUAUAGCUAGCUGUCGUUUCAGAGAGGAAACUGAUUUUGCACAACGUAUAUCUGAAUAUGUCUUACUAAAUAGGAUUUUUUGUUUAUUUAUGGUGCAAUUGAUUUGAUUUAAAUUGUCGAUAAGCCUUUGUUGAAUUGGGUCUGCAUGACCCUAUGACUGAGGGACGGCAAUGGUUUAAUUGUGCUUUACUGUGCCUGGGGGCCCUCAACGUUAUGAUUGUCCUCUGAAUCAAGUUUAUGACAGAUACACACUAACAGACAGGCUGAAACAUGCACACCAUUAUGUACUGAAGGCUACUCCCUAUUUUCCUCUUUGGUCCUUUGUUCCCUUCUCCUCCUCUGGAUGGGAUGACUACAUGUUCAAGGACCUGCAACCAUAGUUAGUCAUCAAUACGUAUGAAGCCUUUGGUGUAAAGAGCCAGGUGACCCUGGCCUGUACACCAAUGCACUGCGAGACAGAGCCAUAGUGGGUUUUAUAGUGCACUGUACAGACUCCAUAUUGUUGAGGAAAAGCCUUUUUUAACAAUGUUGUUUUAAAACCACCCUUAUGAAUUAUUUUGUUGGAUGACUGUUGCACCAAAAUACAAGGCCAGUAAGGGAGGUUCAGUCUUUAUUUUAUGAGAUAUGUCUGACAUUGUGAUAUUGAAUUCAGUGUUCAUUUAUUGAUUAUCUUUCUGGGCAAAUUAAUUCUGCAAACCAGUAUGUGGUCCAAAUCAUGAUUCACUGAAGGAACGGGACUGAAUUAUCAUAUUUUAUCUGUUUUGUUUGAAAAACCUUUUGAAGUGAUGAUGUAAUUUCAUAGUAUGAAAGCUCAUAGUGACGUUCAUUAGGAGAAAAAAGGACUCUCAUUGCACAAGAUUCAUAAGGGAUCAAAAGGAAGGGAAGAGUUGUCAGGAUAGGACAAAUAGCGAAAUCAUUGAUGCCUACCCAGAAUGCACUGUUUCUGGUGAAGGUGUGUUUUUCCAUGACAUGUUUGCUUGAAUAAAUAAUCUUUGUAUGUGUUGACGACCAGAAAAUAUGUACAUUUUUCAAUUCUUUGAAUGUUUUUACUUAGUACAUUUAUCUUGCUUGAGAUUGUUAUCAGGGACCCAUAUACGAUGAGUCGUGAUGACAGAGCUUGAAGCGGUGCUAAACGUCUCAUGGCAUACAGCACAGUGGAGCAGCAGAAUACUUGUAAGGGGUGUAGUAGUACUGUAUUUCUUAACUACAUGUGUUUUAUACUCUGCUAAUGUGAUAAUUUCUGAUGUAUUUAAUUGUUUUCCUCUUUUUUUCAAAAUGUUGUGGUUGGUUAGACUGACACUAAUAGUUUUGGAUGAGCAUCUCACUUGUACAGAUUUGUUUACUUUUUUUAAAGCUGUUCUCGUCUCAUGCACUUUUUGUUCAGUACAUUGCAUUUCUGUGCCACCUCUCUAUCGAAUGC